UGCCUUUAAACUUCGGAUGGAACGAAAGUUGGGCUCCUACAUAACGGCGGUUACUCUUGUCGUUGACAUUUAACUCGGACACGUUAGUGGCGCCUGACUGAUUGAUCGCUAAUAAACCCAGCCGUUAGAAAACGUCGUCAACGCGUCGUCCUCCUCUUCCUCAAAUCACCUUGACUCGUUCGCUCACCGAGUUGGUGCUCGCAUCGCGUAACUCGCGCCGAUGAAGUGCCGAUCCGUAGCGUGCUUAUGGUCUCGAGCGCCUCCAUCUCAUCGAGUCACGGCCACAGCCGCGUUGACCAAUCCCCCGACUCUGUACACCGGCGGAUCCGAUGGAUCCAUCAUCUGGUGGAACAUCUCUUCAUCCGAGUCCAAUUCGGAGGUUAAGCCGAUUGCUAUGCUGUGUGGUCAUGCUGCACCAAUAGCAGAUCUUGCCGUUUGUGAUCCGACAACUGUUUCAGGAAAUGGAGUUACACCAGACUGUGUUGAGGGGGAUCCAUUUGUUAACUGUAGUGCAUUGAUCAGUGCCGGUACUGAUGGUGUGCUCUGUGUAUGGAGCAGAAAUAGUGGUCACUGUAGACGACGAAGAAAGCUAUCUCCUUGGGUUGGAAGCCCGUCGAUUUUGUCUACUUUGCCUUCAGAACCUAGAUAUGUCUGUGUUGGGUGUUCUUAUAUCGAGAGCCAUUGCUUAGAUACUGUUGAUGGUGCUGAAUCUUUGUCAGAUACUGAUGUUCAGAACAGAAAACCGUCGAGGUGUACUGUGGUUGUUGUGGAUACUUAUACUCUUACGAUUGUUCAUACUGUUUUCCAUGGAAAUCUAUCUAUUGGGUAUUUGAAGUUCAUGGGUGUGGUUCAGUUGGAGGAUCAGGAGUCUUUGCUCAUGGCAGAUUCGUAUGGUCGGCUGCAAGUGGUUCCAGUGUCAGAGAACGCUGAGAAGGGUGAAGAUGUGUCUGAAACGAGCCAAAGCUCCAUUGUUUCCAGAAACUGGUUGAAUGAAGGGGAAAUAGCUGUAUCAGUAAUAACACGAGGGAAUCUUGUUGCUCUUUUUACCAAGUGUAGAGGUGUCUUUUGGUUGUUAAAUCGCGGGGAGGCAAUAGGAGAGAUAUCUUUUGUUGACAACUCCCUUUGUUCGGAUUUCCAUUUUACAGAAGCAAUACUACUCUACUCUAGUAUAUCAGCAACUGAAGGCGAUAAAGAUGUUACACUUUCUGAAACUUUUGUGCUGUUGGAUGACAGUGGUUCUGCUGUUUUGUUUGAUAUGUCCUAUAUUGGUGGAGAAUUUACAUAUAAGAAACGUGCUGAGAUUGUUACUGCCUCUGAUCAGCAUUCAGAGAAAUCAUCGUUUUGUUUUGUGCAGUUGAGGCAGAAUCUUAUUCGCGUCGAGACUAGCUGUUGUGGUACUGAACAACCUUUUCAGUGGAGGCCUUAUAUAACUGUGUGGGCACUACGCCUAGGAAAUGGUGAUGGAAAAGAACUCCAGCCACAGUGCAAAAUGCUUGGAGAAGGAUCGUAUAUUGCUAACUGGAACUCCAGCCACAGUGUAGAUCUUAAAGGCACUGCCGAAAAUGAUUUAGGAAGCUCUGUUAGUGACAGUGGACAGUGCGUGUCAUCGUCCAUGGUUAUUUCUGAGAAUAUGUAUGUCCCGUAUGCUGUUGUCCAUGGUUUCUUUAGCGGUGAAAUAGAAAUUGCAAAGUUUGAUUUUCUCCAAGGACUUGAUUCACCUGCUUUAAGCCCGAGAUCAGACACUGAUCCACUGGUAUCUAAACAGCAUCUCUUGGGACAUACAGGACCUGUUCUGUGCUUAGCAGCUCAUCACAUGCUUGGGGCUGCAAACGGACGUAGUCCUUCUCAUGUUCUGAUAUCCGGAAGUAUGGACUGCACCAUCCGCAUAUGGGAUCUCGAAAGCGGCAAUGUAGUCAUGAUCAUGCACCACCAUGUUGCUCCAGUACGCCAAAUCAUUCUUGCACCCGCCCGAACAGAAACCCCAUGGAGCGAUUGCUUUCUUUCUGUUGGGGAUGAUUCCUGUGUUGCUCUUUCUUCGCUUGAGACUUUGCGGGUUGAAAGGAUGUUUCCCGGGCACCCAAACUAUCCUGAAAAAGUUGUUUGGGAUGGUGCAAGAGGCUACAUUGCAUGUCUGUUCCGCUCCCUUUCUAGGAAAUCAGAUCCUAUUGAUGUUUUAUACAUUUGGGAUGUAAAGACAGGUGCUCGAGAACGUGUCCUUCGUGGGGCAGCUUCACAUUCUAUGUUUGAUCAUUUUUGUGCAGGCAUUAGUGAGAAAUCUUACUCCGGAUCUAUCUUAAAUGGAAAUACAUCAGUUUCCUCUUUACUUUUCCCAGCAAACGAAGAGAGGAAACAAUUUUAUUUAAAGAACUACGAGAGAAAAGCCUCUUUGUCAACAUCUAAGCCAAGUGCUUCACAGGAAACGACUAGAGAAGAGAGUUCUAGAGCUAUCAGAUACCCACCCAUCAAAUGCGCUUGCCCGUUCCCAGGGCUCUCUACGCUUAUUUUCGAUCUCUCGUCUUUAGCAGAUUAUUGCCAAGCACAUGAGGACUCUGAUAUGCAUAAGAUGGUAGGAGAAAGUAGUGGCAAGCCUACUGCUCAACAGAAGACUUCAAAAAACCAGUCUCCUGUCCAGGAGACUGUAGAUAACCCUGCAGAAAUUUCACCCAUGGACAAGGAAAUUGGGGAAUAUCUAAUUCGAUUUAGUUUAUCCUUUCUACAUUUGUGGGGUAUAGAUUCUGAACUCGAUCAAAUGCUAACAGCACAUCUAAAGCUAAAACGUCCAGAGAGUUUCAUUGUCGCCUCUGGUUUGCAGGGGGACAAAGGGUCCUUGACAUUAGCAUUCCCGGGUUUGAAUGCAACACUUGAGCUCUGGAAGUCAUCCUCGGAGUUCUCUGCAUUGAGGUCAGUGAUGAUGGUGUCGCUUGCUGAGUGCAUGAUUAGCCUGUCACACCCAACUGCCACAGCUAGCAGCACCUUGGCAGCAUUCUACACACGAGAUCUGGCAAAUAAAUAUCCCGAUGUGAAGCCACCAUUACUCCAGCUUUUAGUGACCUUCUGGCAAGAAAGAAGCGAACAAGUCUGUAUGGCUGCCCGGUCUAUAUUCCACCACACAGCUUCUUUUGCAAUACCUCGUCCACUAUGUAGUGAUUUCGCAUCAGAACAUGCAAAACUGGUGAGAUCCCUAUCUGAAAUCAAUCUGCAUGAACCUGAAGCUCUUAGCUCGGAAGAAGAACGUCCCACAAACAGUCUGGAAUCUGAGCAUGUCCAUGAAGCUCAACGGCUUUCUCAGGCUGAGGAGUCGGAACUACUCUCCUGGCUUGAAUCUUUUGAAAUGCAAGACUGGAUUUCUUGCGUUGGGGGAACAAGUCAGGACGCGAUGGCGGCUCACAUCAUUGUCGCAGCUGCCUUAUCAAUAUGGUAUCCAAGCCUUGUAAAACCUGGUCUAGCCAUGCUGGUCGUCCACAAGUUGUUGAACCUGGUUAUGGCCAUGAGUGAGAAAUACAGCUCUACUGCAGCGGAGCUUCUCUCAGAAGGAAUGGAAACUACUUGGAAGCUGUUGAUCGGCUCUGACAUUCCUCGGAUUGUUUCAGACAUAUUUUUCCAGAUAGAGUGUGUCAGUUCCUCAGUCAGAGCACAAGAAGCUGUACUAUCAUCGCCUAUAAAGGAGACUCUGGUCGAGAUUCUUCUCCCGAGUUUAGCCAUGGCAGAUGUCAUUGGGUUUCUAAGCAUAAUAGAGAGCCAAAUAUGGUCCACAGCUUCGGACUCUCCUGUUCAUGUAGUAUCGCUCAGAACUCUCAUCAGAAUAAUCCGUGCGUCUCCCAGAAAUCUGGUGCUGCAUCUUGAAAAGGUGGUUAAUUUUGUUCUUCAAACGAUGGACCCAGGCAAUACCGUUAUGCGUAAAACUUGCCUGCAAACCUCAAUGGCUACGCUGAAAGAAGUCGUGCGUGUGUUUCCUAUGGUAAUCCUAAAUGAUUCGUCAACAAGGUUGGCAAUUGGUGAUGCUAUCACGGAGAUCAGUGGUGCCAGCAUCCGUAUAUAUGAUAUGCAAAGUAUGACAAAAAUAAGGGUUUUAGAUGCGAGUGGACCUCCGGGUCUUCCAAAUUUGCUUAGGGGAUCUUCAGAAUCUGCGGUAACAACAGCUAUCUCAGCUCUCAGCUUUUCACAUGAUGGAGAGGGAUUGGUUGCGUUUUCGGAAAACGGUUUGAUGAUCAGAUGGUGGUCACUGGGAUCGGUUUGGUGGGAGAAACUAAGUCGAAGCCUCACACCUGUUCAAUGCACAAAACUGAUAUUCAUGCAUCCGUGGGAUGGCUUUUCAUCUAACUCUUCUCGGACAAGUGUGAUCUCAAGUAUCACAAGCCAUGAUGAAGAAACUCCUCUUCAGGAAACAUCAAAGAACAUAAGCCACGCAGAGCGGCUAAAGCAGCUUGUUCAACAUCUUGAUCUCUCUUAUCGCCUCGUAUGGGCCAAUGAACGCAAAGUAGUUCUAACAAGACACAAUGUUGAGUUGGGCACUUGCCUGUUGUAACUGCCAAUGUUUUCAGAAGGCUAUCAUGAGAACGUAUUUUGUGUGUGAAACGAGAUUGAUUUGUUUCUGUGUAUAUGAAAACAAAUAUUGAAACAUACCCGGAAAAGUUAUUGAAUGUUUUGCUUACAACAAAUAACUUC